AUGAAUAACACCAGUACAGGGACGUUCCCUUGUUCAGCAUCAAGCUCUGUGCCUCGGUUUCCCGAGAGAGAUGUGUGUUCUGCAUCGCGUAACUCUAUGAGUGAAGAAGAAAUGGAGAUAGAGGAGCUUAAGAAGAAGAUCUGGAAAGACAAGCAGCGUUUAAAGCAGCUCAAGGAGAUGUCCAAGAACGGGUUAGGAAGAACAUCGUUGAAUCAGCCUCCUGAUGAAAAUUCUAGCAAGAGAAUGAUGUACGAGGCACAAGAUGUGAUCUUUAAGUACAUGUCUAGAGCAACGGAGCGUUGUAAUGCUCAAGGCUUCGUUUACGGGAUUGUCUUUGAGAACGGGAAAACCGUAACGGGGUCUUCUGAUAAUCUACGUGAAUGGUGGAAAGACAAAGUGAGGUUUGAUAGGAACGGACCAGCUGCUAUAGAGAAACACCAAAGAGAGAUGAAUCUCUCUACUGAUGGAAAUGAAUUAGAGGAUGGGGAGUGUACUGCACAGAAGUUACUUGAGAUGCAAGAUACAACUCUUGGAGCUCUUUUAUCGGUUUUGAUGCCUAACUGCGAUCCUCCUCAGAGACGUUUUCCUUUCUGGAAAGAAGUGACGCCGCCUUGGUGGCCAACGGGGAGAGAAGACUGGUGGGGUGAUCUGUCUUUACCUGAGGAUUGUAGAGGACUUCCUCCUCCUUACAAGAAGCCUCAUGAUCUCAAGAAGCUGUGGAAAGUUGGUGUUUUGAUUGGUGUGAUCAAACAUAUGGCUUCAGACAUUAACAACAUAGCGACGCUUGUGAGAAGGUCUAGAACUUUGCAGGAGAAGAUGACUUCAAGAGAAGGCUCUUUAUGGCUCGCUGCUCUGAACAAAGAGAAGGCCAUUUUUGUUCAGAGUCAGCAGCGUCCUUUAACCUUCUUAGAUGAAAACAACUCUUUUGUUGCCAGAGGGACGGAUUCUCUAUUCUAUGAAUCUGCAGAUUAUGAUGUUGAAGGAAGUGCUGGAUCUUCUCAUCAUUGUCUCAAUCAGCAGUUUCCUGAAUUUGACAGUGACUUUAACAACGUUUAUAACAACAAGAGGAGGUUUGAAGGAGAUGUAGGGAUGUCAGGAACUAACCUGACUUGUGAGAACAGUUCUUGUCCUUAUAGCCAACCACAGAUGGGAUUCAAUGACAGGGUCUUAAGAGAGAAUCACCAAAUGACUUGUCCUUAUAAACCCACACCCUUUUACCAACAACCCACUAAACCCUUUGGUAUGCCUUCCGGUUUAGUGGCUCCUUAUCCGGAUUAUAACCAGAGUUUUUAUGGGAACGAACCGGAGAGUCAAGUGGGAAUGCAGCAGCAGCAGCAAGUUCAGAGCAUCCCGGAACAGUUUACUCAAUCCAACAAUCUCUACAGACCAAAAGCAGCUGAAAGAGGAGGUUACAAUGACUAUCUCUUUGGUCACCGGUUUGGUCUGGUUGAUGAUGCGAGUCCUACUUCGGUGAUGAAUCAUAAUCCCAAUGUCCAUGUUCAAACAGUAGGGAUGGAGAACAAUCAGCAAAAUCAAGUAGAAGGCUUAUCCAUGCCUUGGAACGGGUGA